UCAAACGCGAUCGAAUUUCAGGUUGCAGUCAAACCGUCCUCCUUUGUUUUUCGCGAAAAUACCGUAAAAAACCUGACUAAAUUUCGUUCCAGUUGUAUCGGAGUGUAGUGCGCAGUUGGUGUUUAUGUUUACGAUAGUUAUUCGGUAUUGUUUUCGUGUUUUCGGUAGUAAAAUUAGUGAAAAUUCAGCAGUCGAGUUGGACGACAUUGAAUGAUCGUUUUUGUGCAUAUAAAGACCUUUGCGCCUCGCGUAUUCUCUCGCUCUUUAACCGUAUCCGCGUUUCUAAAGCAGAAAGGAGGUGAAGAGUAACAGCAACACUUGAAUACAAAAAAAUAAUAUCAGCAAUAACAACAGCAGUAUCAACAAGAAGCUGCGAGAAAACAGCGAAGCAAACGACACCAAAUUCCGUCACAUACACACGUUUAAAUAUCGUGUUCCAGUGCAUCCAAGCGGAAACAGAGGAAAAGUGUUCGUUUUGAAGUCGUUGAUGGUGACGAAUGAAUGAAAAGUAAAAUAAAUACAGCAUAAAAAAGUUCGUUGAAGAAAAACGUCCCCGAAGAAAGGUAACAAAACAAAAGCCGUCUAGUUUUUUUCAUUCCGUUUUUGGUGUGCAGCGUUGAGCUACAAAGCAUAUAGGGGGCAACAGCGAAAUUGUGUUUGUGUGCUAAUUAGUGUUGGUUUCGGGCCACAGUACGGCCUAGUGAAUUCGCAAACUGUUGGGUUCGUGGUGUGAAGUGGUUAUACCGAGAAAUAAAGAAAAAAGAAAAACGCACAGCAUUUUGGUAGCACCAGCUCGGUUUGGUGGCUGAAGUUGUUUGCGCAGAAAAUCGAGCAGGUAAAUCGAUAGCGCUAAUUAUUUGCCGGAACAAAAUGUUGAGCAAAUGUUGAGGUCAUCUAUAUUUAAAUCGGAUAAAUACGCUGUUGAAGUCACUCGGUGAAAGCUGAUACUUUGCCUAGCCGAGCUCAUCACGGUCCAGUAUGCAGGAUGGAAUUCAAUUUUCAUCGUUCAUGAGUAAUCGUAACAGGUCAUAACCAACCAACCAACCAACCGCAGACGUACGCUAGGCAGGCAGUAGUAGCGAUUUUCCCGCGGUGUGCAUCAAUUAGCUCGGGAAAUUCAAGGCGGCUUCGAGACCGCGUCCGACCGCUAGAGCAGACGAAACGCCGCGGCCCAAAUGCUUCGCGUCGUCGCACAUCUCGGGACAUAGGUGAAAACCACGCCGCAGUCCCCACCAGUUGCAGCCGCCGCCAGCCAGGCUUCGGGCUCUAGAGGAGGGAGUAUGUCAAUGAACGAAAAACGAAUGCUAGACCGCGAAACGCUUCGUUCCGUUAUCCAGCAAUGGAACACGGUUCGGUUGGAUAUCUUCGCUCUGUCGGAGCCAAACGAGAACUUGGAAUUCCAUGGGGUCAUGCGAUUCUACUUUCAAGAUGAAGGUCAAAAGGUAGCCACAAAAUGCAUUCGGGUGGCAUCCGAUGCCACUGUGUCCGAUGUGAUAGAGACACUAAUAGAAAAAUUCCGCCCGGACAUGCGGAUGCUAUCGUUGCCGAACUACGCUUUGUACGUUGUCCAUGCCAACGGCGAGGAGCGCAAGCUGAAUCCCGACGAGAAACCACUGUUGGUGCAGCUAAACUGGCAUAAUGACGACCGGGAAGGGCGUUUUCUGCUGAAGAACUGUGCUCAGAAAACCAACACACUCGACAGCAUCACCGAUCAGCCCAGCUUCAAGCGGAAGCUAUCGAAACGGGAGAAGAAAGAGCAGAAAAAGAAGGAGAAACUUUCCAAGCUGCAGUCGAGUGGGGCUGCAGGGUCCGAGAAUCAUGUAGCCGAGAAGCUGUACACGGAACUACCGGAAACGUCCUUCACCCGAUCUAUUUCGAACCCGGAAGCGGUAAUGCGACGACGGCGACAGCAGAAGCUCGAGAAAAAGCUACAGCAAUUUCGCUCCCGAGACGGUGGCCCGGACACCGGUGGGACACUGAAAAUCUACGGCGAAAGCCUAUGCCGUGAUGUGCCUUACAAAACACUUCUGCUCUCGAUACGGGACUGUGCCCAGGCCGUGGUACGGGAGAUGCUUGCCAAGUACGGCAUGGACAAGGUGGACCCACUGCACUACUGUCUGGUACAGGUCAACAGUGACGGAUCCGAAUACAUCCUGGAUGACGACGAGUGCCCAUUGUCGAUAUUGAUGAACCAUCCAACGUCACGGGGAUCCAUUAUGUUUCACGUUCGCCGACGGCCUGCAGAUUCCCAACCCCGGCGGCGGAAAAAAAAGCCACUGGGUGUUUCGAACGGAGGCGGCACCCUGAGCGGAGAGCGGGAUGGACCGAUGCUGAUCGAAAUUACCCACAGCGGCGACGGUGGCCGGCGUGUUAAGUUGGGCAGUGAACCGAUAGAGGUCGGUUCGGCAAACACCAACGCACUGCAGCUCUUCGGACCAUCGAUCCAGGCCCGUCACUGUUUGAUUUCACUGCACGACGGUGUCUGUACCGUGACCCCGCUGCACGCCGACGGGACAACCUUCGUCAAUGGACAUCACAUCCAGCAGCCAACGAUUUUGCAUAAUGGCUCGGUUGUGAUGUUCGGUCGUGUGGCGUCCUAUCGCUUCGUCGACUCUCCCUCGGAUGGUCGGUACAAUCUUGCCUUGUCCCAGUCUCAGCUUGACUCUGCCUGUCUGUACGAAAGUCGAUCGCCAACCUCACCUACCUCCUGGAACGAAGAGGAAAGCCGUCCAAUCAGCCCGGUAAGCUCCGGCCAGCCGGUUCCGAGUCAAAAGCUUAACAGCUACCACCUGGAUACAACCGACGGCGGAAAGUUACUCGAUCAUCAGCAAAUCACCAAACCGCCGUCGUUCGAUACUCAGCACAGCAGCACCGGGUCCACCUCCGCUCAUCCGGCGACGGUGAGUGGUAACCUGGGGACAUCCCAUUCCCACAUCCAUCAGACGCAAAACCUGCUCAUGACUAGCCUCGACUCGGUGGAUGUAGCCUCGACUGCCGGUGGCGUGGCUGUGAACGACGACGCCAAGAGUAACGCCACGGCCGAGUUCAACGAGAACGACGUCGGUAACAUCGAAACGGAAACGAAAUCGAUAUCCAGCUUGAAAUCCAUCGGUUCCGGCCAGGACAGGGUGAGUACAUUCCCCAAGCUGCAACCGUCGCAUGCGGCAGCAUCCAUCUCGAGUGAACCGGGUGGCCAAGAGCCCAUUCUGCCUGCCGUUCUGGAAUUUCCCGAGCAGCACCAGGAGGCCUUCCUGCAGGCCGUCACAAGUGAACUUGAUGUCAAUUCACCUAACUUUAAGCUAGCACCAGUUUACACACUUUACCUAUGCGCUAGGUAUCGUGCCUCCACGCACUACCGUCCCGAUUUGCAGCCAACCGAACGUGCCCACAAGUUAACAGUAUUCCUUCAUCAUGUUGCCAAUCUGAUCCAGAACGUCGUUCAGGAGCAGUACACCGAUGCCAAAAUUCUGUCCUUUUGGAUGGCCAACAGCUCCGAGUUCUUGCAUUUCCUCAAAUCCGACCGGCACAUUUCGGCGUUUAGCGUACAGGCACAGGAGGUCCUGGCCGAGAGUGUGCAGACUGCAUUCCGAAAUUUAGUGUCCAUUUUCCAUGUAGAACUUUCGCAAACCUUGAACCAGUUUCUGUCCGAAAAUAUUGACCACGAUUCAGCGGCCGGUUUGGUGCUAUCCGUGCUGGGCUCAGCGAUGGCCCUGCUGCGACGGUGUCGCGUCAAUGCCGCUCUAACGAUACAGCUUUUCUCGCAGCUCUUUCACUACAUCAACGUGGUUUGCUUUAAUAAGUUCGUCACGACAUCACACAUGUGCACGAGCGCCUGGGGAAAGGCGCUGAGCGAGCGUCUCUCACUGCUGGAACUGUGGGCCGAGAAGCAAGGUCUCGAGCUGGCGGCCGACUGUCACCUGGCCAAAAUCAACCAAUGUGCCCAGUUUCUGCAGGCACCGAAAACAUCCGUCACCGAGGUGCAACAGCUGGUGUGCUCCUGCUUUCGAUUGAACUCACUGCAAAUGGCGGCUCUGUUGUCGCAGGAAACCAUCCCACGCAAUCUGAUCGAUGCCACCGUACGGAUGGCCGAAUCCGUGGCCGACGAGCUGAGCCGAGCCGACGGGCGUGAAAUUCGAUUAGAGGAAUCACCCGAGCUGCCGCUGGCUCUGCUGCUGCCGGACGACGGUUUCAGCUGCGACGUGGUUCGAGGCAUUCCCGCCGGUUUGGUGGAUUUCCUGAGCCCGUUCCAAAUGGCAAACAUGUGCCGGCUGGCAUCGCAACCGACCAGCAUCGGACUGUGGACGGUUUAUAUGCACCAGUUUAAUCAGGGUCGCUCACCGAGUGUCAUGUCCAGCAAAUUGCCCCAGCCGGAGAUUCAGAUCAUCAAGCUGCACAAGAAUGCCAACGGGAUGGGACUGUCGAUCGUGGCAGCGAAGGGCGCCGGUCAGGAACGACUGGGAAUCUACAUUAAAUCGGUCGUAACGGGCGGUGCGGCCGAUCUGGACGGUCGAUUGCAGGCCGGUGACCAACUGCUCGAGGUGGAUGGGCAAAGUUUGAUCGGUAUAACCCAGGAACGGGCAGCUGACCAUCUGGUGCGGACCGGGCCCGUGGUAACCUUGAAGGUUGCGAAACAGGGUGCCAUCUAUCACGGUCUGGCCACCUUACUGCAGCAGCCCAGUCCCGUUAUUCAGCGCGGUGGCAGACGAAUGUCCGAACGAGACAUGACACGCAUAGGUACCAGUGACCCCAGCAAACCACCUCUACCUUGCCCACCUGGACAGCAAUUACUCAACAGCAAAUCGGUUCCUGCACUGCACCACGUCGGCAACAUUGGUACUUCGGCUAAUAAAUCUCGUAGCAUCCACAACCUUGCGGGAGGCAGUAGCCAGGACCAAGGGUUUUAUCAAAAUCUAAGUGUUUAUCGCGCGCAGAAUCAAAGCCAUCCCAAUUUGGGUGAAAGACCCCCGAUGCCCCUACAAACAUCACUCAACUCCCCGGGUGCAUCGAUUAGCAGUGGAAACAGUCAGCAGCAAUCAAUUCUAAGCCGUCCAGCAUCUGCCUAUUUCAAUAGCAAUAACAAUAUCAAUCCAAGCAGCGCCUUGUUGUUGACAACACCAACCAACUCGAUGUCGUACGCAGCGAUGCCUAAUCAACAACAACAGCAGCAGCAACUUCCGCCAUCGCAUCACCAACAGCAACCUCUUAGCAGUAACAUAUCACAUCUGAACCUCGGGGCAACCGGUUCCAAUACGAUGAACAAUCGACUUCAGAAAAUGCAACAUCAACAACAGCAACAACAACAACAACAAAUGGGCAUGAAUAACUUUGUGCGUGACUCGCAGGGACAGCAGAGUCUUCGAUUGAAUCAAAUGAUGGCUCCGUCAAUGCCGAACAUUGCACAUUCCUUCCAGCAGCAACAGCCACCACAGCAACCUCACCAACAUCCAACGCAACACCCAAGUGGUCUAUCGGCUAGUCAGAGCAUGCAAAACGUCAACAUGAUUGCUAGUGGUUUUGGAUAUCAAAACGGUAGUCCCAUGAUGUCCCCGCAGCUCUACCCAAGCGAGCAACAACAGCAGCAGCAACAACAACAACAUGCCUCGCUACUUCGUGGUCAAGCGAAACUAGCAGAGAUGAACGAGUUGAUAAAACGGCGCAAUCAGGUUGUGCCUCCACAGCAGCGUCCGCAAAAUCCUGAUUCUUCAAUGAUGCCAUCCCCUUCAAUGCCACAACAGCAGCAACAACAACAUCAUCAAGGCUACAGCGGUGCUAGUCCCCAUCCCAGUACUCCACUAACCUCUCACAAACAGCUGCCGCCAACGACGGCUCCUAAGCCGCAGUUGCGUCCGGGUGCAACCGAUCAAGAGCAUCCACCACUUCCACCGACCAAUACUCAUCCUCUGUUCAAAACGGCACCCGCGAAUGCUCCCCCCGUGAGUGCUUACAGUUCAUCCGAGCCACCAAAGGUCGGCUUCUAUCCAACGAUGCCUCAGCAGUCGAAAAACAUCGCCCCAGGGAACAAUCCGUGGGAACGCGAAGAGAAGGAAAAGGAAACCGAGGUCCGUAAAGAACAGAUACGGGCAUGGCGCGAUCAACAGAUCGCUGAGUUACAAAAUCUAUCGCAUCGAUCGCCGCAGCAAGAUGAUCAACUACGCACUCUCAUGCUCGAACGAGAUUUUGAAAAACGCGCCAUGGAGGAGGAUGCCGAUUUCGACAAUGAUUCGUCUCCGUACGGAAAAGAUUCCACCGCAAUCCAUGAGGUGCUGAGACUGACGCAAGGCCACAAUACUAUUUCGGCGCCUUUAACAAAAAUGAAACAAGUCGACGUUAAGACUUCGUCUGUUCAAAGCUCCGAAGUUGCCUCCAACGAAAGUCAACAACAACCGGUUAGUUCCGUAGCGAAUACAAUCGCUAGCUUUCAACAACAGGUCGCUUCGGCUAGUGCUUCUAUUCAACCGAAGAGUAUCCUCAAACACAACAAUAGCACCCCGUCUUCUCCAUCUAAGGGAGCAGCUAAAUCAGCCAGUUUUGCACAUCACGACAAGCAGCUCAAUCUCAGUGAAAUAACGAUGAAUAACACCAAUGCAAACCAAUUGAUCACCCAAAUGGGUGUGGACAUGUCACAUCUGAACCUUGGAGAACAGCAUGUAGACGAAGAACCGAUCGAACCGCAAACAACGAUGAAUGGUUACCUUCAGGACACAGCCAACAACAAUCAUGGCGCAGUUCCACCACCGCCGCCGCCAGAACGAAACAGUUCGUAUGUCAUUAUGUCCCAGCAACAGCAAAAGAUCAGAAGCAGUGCUACAAAACUUGCUUUUAACAGUAACGUUGCUACCUUGGAUCACCAACAGCAGCAGCAGCAAAGUAUUCUGACUAAUAACAGCAACAACAACAACACUAACAACAACGGAAAUGGCAACACUUUGGGAAGAUAUAGCAACAAUCUUUUGGCAACUGCCCCUACUCAAACCGUGAUGUCACCGAAUUUUGGAACCCCGCCGAUCAACAAUGCCGGUAGUAAUGUGGGAAACAUUACCAAUAACAAUAACAACAACGUUUCCACACUUGGUGGCUCGUUCAGAGAUAACAAGCGCGUUUCGUUCCACGAUGAAGAUGCUAUUGCAGCAGCAAAUAUGGUGAAUAAUAACAACAACAACAACAACAACAACAGUAAUACUAACACCGGCGGGGGAUUCUUCUCCGGAAAUACCAGCAACAUUGGUAGCAGCUAUACGGAAGCGGGACAUCUGAUCGGAAGCAGUGGCGCCGGCGAACAGGGAACACUGGGGACGAUUAUGGAGCGACCGGAUCCGGAUCGCUUCAUCGAUGAAACCAUGCCAGCCAUGCUGCACACGCCAACCACCCCCGAUGCGGAGAGCUGGAACAUGCAAGUGCAAGCAACGCCCGGUGUAAUCGGGGCUCAGGAAGUUUACCGUGAUCCUCGUACCCGCCGGUUAGCCGAGCAGCAGCAGAAGCAAAAAUCUGAACCCGUCCCGGAGAAGCUGUCCUUCAAGGAGAAGAUGAAAAUGUUUGCACUGGAGUCGGGCGAAAACAACACCCCGAAGGAUAAGUUGAAAAUUUCCCGUGCUCAACGAGACAUUGACGCAGUUCACUGAUGUGGAUCGAAAAACAGAAUGACACGGGUGGGAAAAGAAACACCGUCGUAGAAACGCUAGCUUGUAGAGAACACUUCCUCCCUUCUUUCCCCUCAGCUGGGAUAGGCUGGUGCGAAACGAAUCGGUAUUAAGUGGUUAGUAUUAGACGAAGGGAUAAACUGUUUUUGUUUGUUUUAGUAUUUAACCGAAAGUGAAAAGUUGAUUUUAUACGUUUUAUGACACUUUCUGCGGUGAUCGCGGAAAUCGAUCGUCCUGUAUAGAUUUAGCCGAAUCGAAAACAAGGAUUUGAGUAUGCUAGGAAUCACUAAUUGUUAUUACUUUUUUAGAGGUGUAUAAUCAAAGUGUAAAAUUAAAGGUCUACUUGCUGAAGGAUUACUGUGUACGCAAAAGCUACAUCAUUACAAUGUAGUUAAAGAAAAAUAAUACUUUUUAGAAAUAUGUUGCCUGCUACAUACAAAUGAAGAAGAAAAAAAACAAACCCCUGGAUUAAGACAAAGCUUUGAAAUGAUAACGUCACUAGAGGAACCCAUUGGACCAAAAAAAACAAGAUAUAUAUUCAAUCGUAUAACUUUUCUAGACAGUUGUAUAUUUUAAGCAAGAACAUUAACUAGAGACAAGUUAGAGAGCGAUUAAUUAUUAGAUUUUAUUCCCGGAUUACAGAUGUAGCAAACAAACUGUGGUAAUGAGCGGAUCAAGUUCGGAGCGUAGCCCCCUUUUACUCUACAAAACAAAUGUUGAAAUAAUUCGUAUCGAAGUGUCCUAUUUUUAACUAGAGUGUUAGCUAUUUUGUAUCGAAACUGAUUCAAAGAAGUGACCUAAAUCCGUUGGUGCGGAUAACAAAACCGUACGUAGAAAACAACAACAACAACAACAACAACAGCAAAAUGUUAAUUAUAUCCUGUCAUUGUGAGGAAUUGACGCAAGAAUAACCGAAUCAUUACUGAUUAUCAAUGGUAGCCCAAGAUAUUUGGUCAAUUUUGCCUCCCAACACUUUAUUACAUAGUUAAUAUUUACUAAUUCAACCUGCUAGAAUAGGUGGACACGCCAGGGUGGUUUGUAGAAAUAGACGAAGUCGUAUGAUUGCACAUUUGAUACAUGUUUACACUUAGUAAAUCAUUGUAUAGCGAUGUUAUCGAAAAACAAAAUUAACUUGUUUCCCAUCAUUGCAUUUCACAGACUAGACUAGCAAAUGAGCGACUAUUUAAGUGAGAACACACACGGGCAAAACAUUAGGAUUUAAAAAAUAAGAAGUAAGGUACGAUCGAAGUCUAGAGACGUGAAAAUUAUUAGGCAGCGACAGGAAUGUUAGGCAGGUAUGAUUUUAUUUGUUAACACUUUUUUUUAGAAUAUUGCUGAAAUUGAAACUUUACAUAUGAAACAUAUACGAGUCUAAUAGUGGAUAGAUUCUGUAAUUUUUAUCAAAUAACCUUAUUCCAGAUUAAGAACGGAGAAGGUGGUAAAUAGCAUAACCAGCAUUUCACGAACAAUACAAGUUUUUAAAACUCCACAGAUCUAGCGAAACUGAAUCCUCCUCCGAUAGUACGAGAUUUGUUGAUGAAGAAUAUAAUACAGCAAGCAAACACAUACACAUAGAAAUGGCAUAGUCGGUAGUAGCAAAACAAACUUAGUACAUUUUCAAGUAAAACAUAUUUCUCAGAUAGUAGCUUAUAAUUAUUACUCAUAUAGUAGAAUUUUAUUAAGAAAACAAUACACACCCUAACUAACAUUCACUUUAUCGGGAAAUACAUCAAACAUUUAAAUGUUA